AUGAAUUGGAAAAGUUGUUCAAUAUUUCUGAUUCUUUUGAUUGUUGUUGGAGGUUCCUUUGCCAAAACUGAUGAUGUUGAAUGGAAUUCAAAAUGCCCAUCAGUAUCAGAUAUUGAACAUUUGAUUGCUAGAGUUACUCCAUUUGUAACUGGUGAGAGAUCAUUCGGUGCAAAGAAUAAUGGUCCUUUUGAUAAGAAGUUUGAUCUGGGUAAGAUGUUGUCGACUAGAUCACAGACGUUGGACACAUUGAUUGGUGAGGACUUGGUGAUGUUGUACAAAUUCUUUCCAAAGUCAUCCAAUGUGACCACUGUCAUCAACAGCUUCAAAGACCUGGUCGAUUGCUAUGCCAAGUUCUAUCGUGCAAUUGGUGUGAUCCCGCAAACCUCGGCAGCGCCCACGAGCACCAAGACACCGGCGCCAACCACUCCAGGUGACCUUCCAACAUCGACUGCCACCAACCAAGAGAGACUGAGACAGUUGGCUGACUUGAAGCAGACACUCCAAGCACUCUCGGUCAUAUUCAACUAUGAUGACAAGGAGAGGAAGACCAGAAGGAAUGAGCACCAGGUGGAGGAUGACAAGGCGGCUCGUGACGAGGAUGAGCAGGACGAGCAGGACGAUGAGCAGGACAAGAGGAACAGUGAGGAGUUGAGGAGGGUUCUGGACAACAUCUUCAAGAAGCAGCCAAAGGGUGCAGGAUCACGUGCGUCAACAGACACCACCCAGGAGAUGCUCGAUCGUCAGCGAGAGGCACAGGAGGCUUUGAAGAAUCCAAACAACAAGGGCAAGACAUCAAACAAUGGUGAGCACGAGCCACACAAGCCUGCUGCUCCUGCUGCUGCUGCUGUUGCUGAUGCCCCUGUUGCUGCUGAUGCCGAGGUUGUAUUAGCACCAACAUCACCUGUCGCAAUGAUAGUCGAGGAUCAACAAAGAUCUCGAAUUGUACCAAAUGCCCCACAACCAUAA